AUGGCUCAAGUGGCGCAGCACCAGACGCUUGUGAAGGUGGCCUUUGCUCUGGCUACGCUUGCCCUGCUUCUGUUGAGCCUCUAUUGCUUGCUCGUUCCCAAUAUGCUCAAGGAUUCGCGCCGACGUCACCUUCCACCAGGCCCAUCUGGAUUACCAUUCGUUGGUAAUUUGUUUGACCUUGCAGACUCGGAUGAAGUGCAGCACAAGGUCCGUAAAUGGCAUCAGGAAUUCGGAGACCUCUUUUACACCAAGAUCGGCGGGAGUGAUUACGUCUGGCUGUCGUCUCCCAAAGUCGUGAAAGACCUCAUGGAUAAGAAGUCAAACAUCUAUUCCUCACGACCCCCUCUACCUCUGGCCCAAGAUGUGGCCAGCGCAGGCCGCCGUCAGCUAUUCAUGCCUUACGGAGCACAGUGGCGUCAGCUCCGCAAGCAUAGCCAUACGCUACUCAACAUCUCUUCCUCAAUCAAGUACCAACCCGUCCAAGACCUUGAAUCCAAACAAGUUUUGCGAGAUCUUUUAGAUCAGCCAGAAAUGUUUUACACCAUCAAUCGGCGGUAUUCUUCUUCUGUUAUUAUGCUUGUAACUUACGGAUAUCGGAUACCCUCAUUUGACGACCCCCUGAUGAAGAAGAUUUACACUGUGCUGGAUAACAUGACCGAGAUGACUGCACCCGGAGCGCAUGCAGUCGAUAGCUUUCCCUCACUUGCUGUAUUGCCUCAAUUUCUACUAGGAAAUUGGUAUGAUCACGGAAAGAAGGCCUUUGAUCAUGAUAGCAAGGUAUACAUGGACAUGUGGGAGCGCUUGAAACGGGAUGUGGAUGCUGGAAUUGCCAGAGACAGCUUUUGCAAGGAUUUCUAUUUGAAAGAUCCAUCAAAGAGUGGCAUUGACGAUCUCUUGGCUGCUUAUACAUGUGGUGGCCUCGUGGAAGCAGGCUCAGAGACUACUGCGACGACACUCAAUAACUGGAUCUUGGCUAUGACUCUCUUCCCGGAAACAUCCAAGAAAGCGCAGGACGAAAUUGACCGCGUCAUCGGUGACGACAGGCUUCCGCAAUGGUCUGACGAGAUAAGCUUGCCCUAUGUUCGCGCAAUGGUCAAGGAGGUGUUGCGUUGGCGUCCCGUCAAUAAAUUCGGCAUGCUUCAUGCGACAUCCGAGGACGAUUGGUACCAGGGACAUUUCAUACCAAAGGGAUCCGUCGCCGUUUUAAACUGGUGGGCUAUCCACCGUGACCCAAAACUGUGGAAGAACCCGGACGAGUUCGAUCCCGAACGAUACCUAGACAAACCACUUCCAGCUGCGGAUUACAUCAACUCACCCGAUCCUUAUAACCGCGACCAUUUCACGUAUGGGGCGGGACGAAGAGUCUGCCCUGGAGUUCAUGUGGCCGAACGGUCUCUUUAUAUCAACAUGGUUCGAGUUCUAUGGGGUUUCAACAUUUCUAAAGCUGAUGGCCCCGACGGCGUUCCGAUAGAGCCACCUACAAAUAUGGUUCCGGGGUUUCUUACAGUUCCCGUUCCAUUCACUUGUAGCAUCAAGCCACGGUCUACCAAGCACAAGCGUAUAAUGCGCAAUGAGUUUGAUAUUGCGGAGAAGGAGUGGUUGGGGUUUGAUUGA